CCAGCCGAUCAAGUGGGAAUGAAUCACCAACACCACACAGCCACAACACCACCGCUCUCAUACAACCACCAUUUCUCUGUCUCGAUUGACGACCCAACCAUCCUGCUCUUCUACCAAUCACCGACACCACCUGCACACAGACACGAGAGAUAUGAAUCGCCGUGCAUCCCGCUUGACCUUCCCAACUAGACCUACCUUCCUCUAACCUCCACCUUUCCCUCUCGAGUACUGGAGAGUCCGCCUCUCUCGAAAGCGCACAUGCCGGACACCCAGCAUUCCCCGUCAUGGGACCUGAAUGAUGCCAUCAGACUUCUUAACAGUCUCAAGCUCAAGAACAGUGAUUCUGCACUGAGCCAUGAGGUAGUCAUCUACGCCAGCAAAGAUGGAGGGGCCGACGACACAUGCGAGGGUUCGCUUGGGGAUUUCUCCUCUCUGUGGGACUACCUAGGGCGGCCUCAUGCUGCUGACGAACAGCAAGCUGCAGAGCUGUUCAAAUAUGAGAUCAACGAUGAACCAGUGGCAGAGGUCGACCUCAACCAGCUCAGCAAGGCUGUGCGCUGGCGGGACGAGCUGGAUGGCGCCGAUCUUGAAGACAAUGUGGAAGCCCCAAAUAACAAGGCCACUGCCGCGUACAUUCGCAACCAGAAGCGUGCCGCAAGAAGAGCCAGAGCCAAGGAAAGAGCUGAAAAGCCUGUCGCCCAGGAGAAGCCCAUUUCGGACACCACAGACUUGGAAUCUGGAGAAGAACUCGAGUCGCUACGCCGCUCCCCCGACCGCAGAGCUGUUAUUGACAGCAUUCUGGGUCGUAAUCGGCCUGGUUUCCGCGAUAACAGUUCGCCGCCGACCUCUCCAUCACCCCCAAAAGCUGAAAUCAGAACUCCCCAACGCGAUUUUGUUGUCUCAAAUCCCUUUGUGUGGCCUGCCACGCCGGUCUCUACGCCGUCAAAGAACAUAGUCAUUACUCCCCGCGAUGGAUUGACGGCCAGAACCAGAAAACAAGCUCUGAUUACCGAGUUGAUGCGCCGGCAUCCUGAAGAACAAACGUAUCUGACGAAUCCCGGGCUCCUCGAACCUGCCUUUAGCCCGCUCAAUACAUCCAGCAUCGGCAUCCACGUCUUCGUUGACAUUUCGAACAUAUCCAUUGGCUUCCACGAUUGCUUGAAAUUGGCACGUGGUAUGCCCCGUGAGACCCGCCUGAAGCGUGUCCCUCUUUCAUUCCACAACUUCUCUCUAAUUCUCGAACGCGGUCGCCCAUGUGCCAAGCGUGUCUUGGUUGGAUCCGACAAAUAUGCGGCAAUUCAACAGGCUAAGUCGAUCGGCUAUGAAACCAACAUUCUCGAACGCGUGCACAAAGCGAAGGAGCUGACGCCGCGUCAGAAGAAAUAUCAAUCCCGAUCUGGCGGUGAGACAAGUGGUUCUGAAACGAACACAGGUCUUUCUAAGCACUCGGGUUCGGAGAAAUGGGUCGAACAGGCUGUGGACGAAAUUCUACACCUCAAGAUCCUUGAGUCGAUUAUUGACAGCCAGAAACCCAGCACUAUUGUCCUCGCCACUGGCGACGCUGCCGAGGCCGAGUACUCGGGCGGGUUUUUGCGCAUGGUCGAACGCGCUUUGGAAAAGCAAUGGAGAGUCGAGCUGGUCAGUUUCAGACUGAACACCAGCAGUUUGUACAAGAGAAGAGAAUUCCGUGUGAGAUGGGGCCAGCUGUUUAAGUGCAUCGAGUUGGAUCCCUUCGUGGAGUUUUUGAUCGACGAGGAGAACGAUGGUUAGAUGCCAUGGUCACUUCCCCCUGGAUCAAUCCCGAGAUCCACGCCCAGAUUCACGCCAACCUCUGGCAUGGCGCCACGAAAGUCGAAUGCUCGCGUCUUGGCUCGUGCUAAAAAGGUGGUGAAGGUCGCACGGAGACGUCUUGAAGAAUUGAAACAGGCACAGCUGUAUCACGAACUUGUGCUCAGCAACAGAGCGAAGUAGUGACGAUCUGAUUGACCUGUCGAUAUCACGGUCCGUAUGAUCUGCAAUCUGUGAAGCUAGGGAAACUGCUGCCUGAGCUCUCUACACAAUGUACCUCGAAUUGGAGAUUGGCACACUGAGGCAGCUGUUUUCAGGAUAAGAAAUGCCAGACGAAUAUAACAAAAUUCCACCUCGUACGAAGUGUGCUUGUCUCUUUAGCCGUAUGAGAUCUUGCGACCCAGCCGGCCUGUCUCGAAGAGGGUAGGCGAACAGAGACCUAC